AUGGCCGAUCAGCGUACAACGCCUCAAAGGCGAGGGUCAUGGACCAAGGUCGUCAUAUUUGUCUCGCUAUAUGUCUUGUUGCUGGAGUCGCUCAUCGAAUGGGUGCUUGUGAUAUUUUUGUUCGUCAAUCGACAAGUCGAUUCCAAGAUGCUGCCGAGCUUGGUUCUGAUUCUCAUCGCGUCUCUCUUCACCGUUCCACUUGUGGUUUUGCAUAGUCUACUUGCGUGGCAAUACAACAGAGUCCAAGGGUUCUGGCGGCAAAAGAAAUUCUUGCAUGGCGUGUGCACGUAUCUGCUGCGGCUGACAAUAAUCGUCUGGGUAGCAGCGAGUGUGGCAGGCUUGGUGGUCAUUUCGCAGCAGAUCUCAUGUCUUCCGGACAGUAUGAACGGUGGUUUCUGGAAAACAGGUGUCAGCUGUGCGCUUCAUAGAGCUGCCGUUAUCAUUUCAGUUCUAUCCUUUAUCACCGUCUGUCUCUAUUUCUGCUCCCGCGAGCUUUGCCGCCGGCCUUACGACGUGUCUCUGUUGGGGGUAUACUCGCAGCGGCAGCCAAUCCGCGGCGACAGUGUUUGUUCCCAAACAAGCUUCGACAGAGAAAGCUGCCUGUCGAAUGACAUAUACUAUCUUUGCCGUGGGCCUGAUGUCACGUUCGGCACCCAGGGAGUAUAUAUACCGUCCGGCAACGACGACCUUAUGGAAAAGUCCCUUUUGCCGACUAUUCAACAUCCUCGACCGAUACGGCCAAAGUCUCAACUUCGGCUUGAUACAGACCAAGCAUGCGAAGCAGCGGAGAUCCUGUCAGGGACAACUCUUGCUUCCACAGUAUCUCGCACUCCUACUGUCGCAACGCUGAAAACUGCAAGCGAGGCUUCCUUCCAGAAUCCUCCCUGUGCGGAGCUGUCUGGAACUUCCGAGGUCCCUCCGAUCCCUUCUUCACUGGGACACUUGAGACAAAAGUCGUCCAUAUCAUCCCUUUGCAGGUCCCUUCUCAAAGUCCUGCCAAUAUCAAUUCCUCUGUCGGCGGAUCCUCAGAUCCGUGCCCUAGCCGAAGCUGAACCCCGUCGGGGUAUCGAACAGCAAGAACGGAGCGACGAUGUUACUGUGAAGCAGGAGCACACUGGGCAGUCACCAGACUCUUCACCCAGCCAGAACCCCUCCCCCUCCUCUACACCUGAUCGGCCUUCUGAGAUGGAAAGCUCUGUCGCAGUAGCUCAGUUGAAAGGUCCUUCUCGCCCACGAUCAAUGACAGCAAACUCCGCCGAUGCCCCCGAAGUCGUGGCACCCCCAGCCACAUUUCACAGAUCCAAUCCUUCAAAUACACUCUCUGCCUAUCAGCCCCAGCACCCUGCUUACAUGCUCAUCCCACCAAAUCAGAUUGCCCGACGGCCGAUGGACAGACCUCCCAGCCGCCGGGUUUCCCUCAUCGAGCCUAACACGGUAGCCCGCCGUCACACGCAUCGGUACGGUCAAAGACAAAGACCAAGCUACCAGUUCGAUCCAAACCAGAUCCCCCGCCACACGCAGAGCCACCACCACCGCCCUCACCAGCAGUUCGAGCAAUACCGUACCAUGGGCCCGGCCUGGCGCCGAAACGACGUGGAAAUCAUCUAUCCCAGCACACGGAGGCCUCGCAGCUCGACUUGCGGCGGGCUCGCUUCGCUGGGCCACGGUCCCCUGGAUAGUAUCAGGGAGACAGGUUCGUCCGUGGACGAGGCUCGAGCAGCAGUGACGCUUGAUGAUCAAGGGAGGCGCACCAUCCUCGACGGGAAUACGUACCGUGGUGCCAAUCGCACCAGUAUGCAUAGAUUUAGCUAG